GGAUCAUUCGAAUCAACUGCUUCGAACUGAGAGGACAUACCAAGAGACUUGAGACAAGUCGCAACGCUAGAGAGAUAUUCGACGAGCGAAAUCGGGAGUAACGAAGAUUUUUUUAGAGAAAACUUACAGUGAAUAUUUGAUAAAGCAAAAAUGAGGACCCUGUUUGUCGUGGCUUUGGCGAUCACCGCUGCUGCAGCGGAAAACUUCUGCACGCCGGGAUCAUAUUUUAAAAAGGACUGUAACAUGUGUUCCUGCUCGAUGGAUGGAAAGACAGCAGCCUGUACCGACAUGCUUUGUCCUAAUGAAAUGAAGAACUAUGCUGGCGUUGAAAACGAGCGAUUCUGUGAACCUGGGAAGAAAUUCAAACUGGACGACCUCAGCACUUGCAUCUGCACUGCUGACGGAACCAAGGCUGAAUGCACUUUGGGAGUCGUUCCCUUGUUUGGAAAGAUGAUCUCCAGUGGACAGAGUCAAUACUGCACACCUGGAAAGAUGUUCAGUCCUGACAACUGCAACAUAUGCAAAUGCAGUGCCGAUGGAUUGAAGGCCAUGUGCACAUUAAAGCUCUGCUCGGACGACAACGUUCUUGACGUCAAGAAAACUGAGUACUCAUCGAUCAAACAAGUUUGCGAGCCCUUGACGCAGUUUAAGGACUACUGCAACACUUGCUUCUGCUCGAACGAUGGCCUGUCCUUUGCUUGCACCAGAAUGAUGUGCGACCAUGCGAUCUGGAACAAGGACGGCAGCAUGAAGAUCGUUGCUACCACCUACCAGAACCAGAAGAAAGUCUGCCAGGCAGGAUCUCGAUUCAACGACUACUGCAACACCUGCUUCUGCAACAACGAUGGUACAGACUUUGCCUGCACUCGUAUGCACUGCGACGAAAACAUCUGGAACAAGGACGGCAGCAUGAAGGUUCUCGCUACCACCUACGACAACCAGAAGAAAGUCUGCCAGGCUGGAACUAAAUUCAGUGACUACUGCAACACCUGCUUCUGCAACGAAGACGGCACAUCCUUCGCCUGCACUAGAAUGAUGUGCGACAAAAAUCUCUGGAACAAAGACGGCAGCCUUAAGAACCAGGCUGUUGAACCACGAGUCUGCGAACCCAACACCCAUUUCAUGGACUAUUGCAACAUCUGCGCCUGCUCUGAGGAUGGAACCACCUAUGGCUGCACCAUGAUGAACUGCGACCAAAACGUAUGGAACAAGGACGGCAGCCGCAAGGACGUAUUGGACAUUAAGACCCGAGUCUGCGAACCCAACACCCAUUUCAAUGAAUACUGCAACACCUGCGCCUGCUCAGCUGAUGGCAUGAACAAAGCCUGCACCAUGAUGAAUUGCGAUUUGAGCAUCUGGAACAAGGACGGCAGCCGCAAGGACGUAUUGGACGUUGAACCAAGAGUCUGCCAACCAAACACCCAAUUCAAAGAGUACUGCAACACUUGCGCCUGCUCAGCUGAUGGCACUAACAAAGCCUGCACCAUGAUGGACUGCGAUUUGGACAUGUGGAACAAGGACGGCAGCCGCAAGGACGUAUUGGACAACAAACACGCUUCCGAUAAAGUUUGCCAGCCCGGAAAGGCCUUCAGUCCGGACGGCUGCAACACAUGUGUCUGCAAUGAAUACGGAACCCAGUUAGCGUGCACUUCCAAACUUUGCAUGACAACUCUUAAACAGGCUUACGGAGUUGAUGAAGCAAGAGAAUGGGGACCUGUCUACAAACAGGGAGACGCCUGCACACCCGGCAAAUCUUUCUACAGCGAGUGCAACCGAUGUGUCUGCCUGGAAACUGGCAACCACGCCUUCUGCACACUAAUGGACUGCGCAGCCCUCGCCUAAGUAAAUUUAAGAUUCUUCUCACUCUUUUGUUAUACAAGAGAGCGCGAAUUGGAUAUUUUUCAUGUACUUGUGUUUAUCAAGUAUAUUUUGAAGACUUUAACCCUCCGAUGAUAUUAUUUUAACGAUAUUCGUUACUAGAUAGAAGAUACCAGUGAUUGAUAUUAAUUACUCUAACAAAUUACUAAUGAUAGUCGCAUGAAUGGAGAAUGGGUGUGUUAAGGAUAGUAUUAUGUAAAUAAUGUGAAUUGUAAUGGUGAUUUAGAAACCUUAUUCAAAUUCUAUAUAAUAAAUAUUUAUUUUUAACUAAAA